GAUUUGUGCAGAAUCAAACAUGCACCACAUCACAGGACAGAAUCUGUAGCUGCCCACCCAAUGAGUACUGCAUUUCGAAAAUAUACGAGUACUGCAAAAUGUGUAAAGUGCAUAAAAAAUGUGGAAAAGGUUACCGAGUUUCCAGAAGAGGGACAGAUAGUACAGAUACAGAAUGUAAACCUUGUCCUCCUGGCACUUGUUCACGUGAGGAAUCUUACGAUACCAACUGUGUACCACAUACAGUUUGUAAGUCAGUGGCUGUUCCUGGAAACCGCAUAAAUGACACUGUUUGCAGCGACUCAGGAACAGCACUUGCCACAGUUCUACCUCACACUAUUUCGAACCUGUUCCUGACCCAAAGCUUGGCUUACAACAAACCCGAAAUAGUGACUCGACCUGUCAUGUUAAACUCUGUACCUGACAUGUCUCACAUCAUUGGAUCAGUAGCAGGAUCAUUGUUAUUGGUCCUGAUAAUCACUAUUCUGGGAUGUUGCUUAGUCUCCAAAAAAAAAGCCCCUGUGUAUUCUCCACCGACUACAGAAGUGGAUUCGCCUUGUUCCCCUACGGAAAAGCAGUGUGACAAAAAGGUAAGGGAUACAGGAUCGCAAAACUCCAGCAGUUCUGAACAGGAGGAACAGCAUCUCUUGGAAACUUCUGGGUCCAGCAGUAGCUCCCUGAAUAAACCAGCUGGAUCUGCAAGAGUCAGUGUAAUAAGUAACAAGAACAAUGAAAAGAAAGAAACAGAAGGAUUUCAGCAGCAACAUUCAGCUGCAGAAGGUUGUAAGCUUCAGAGUGGAGACAGACACAACUCUGCAAAUUCAGAACAUUCUGGCAACGGAGGAACGCAGGUGAAUGUGACUUGUAUUGUUAAAGUAUGCAGUCCAGACUGCAGUUCCCAAUUCCCAGAACAGACUAGUUCAACGAGUAUGGAUUAUGGAAAUGCUCCCUAUUAUUCCCCAGCAGGGGAAAAAAUUCCCUUUUCAAAAGAAGAAAACCCCUUGAAAAAAGAAACUGAAAUUCAGAUCUCAGUGGCAAAUGAGGACAAUUUACUUCAAGAAUUACUGCCAGAAGAAAAGAAGUUUCCUGUGGGUAUUCAAGAUGCAGGAAUGAAAACCAGUUAA